ACACUUAUCUUUUACGUUACGCUCUUAAAUUACUACUACCUUUUUAGUUAGCAUUUUAGCUUUGUUUAUAAACGAGCCCAUGAUCAUAAGGGGAUUCACAAGUAGAAUCUAGAGAAAAGAGAGAAUGGGUAAGAACAAUACCAAAUUCCUUAUGCAAUUUGCAGCUCUUGCAAUGGUUUUAACCGUUGCAAUAAUGGUGAAAGAAGCUACAAGCAUGUCCAUUUGUAACAUGGACACAAAUGAUAUGCAGAAAUGUCGUCCAGCCAUCACUGGAAACAAUCCCCCGCCUCCUGUCAACGAGUGCUGCGUAGUGGUUCGAGGCGCUAAUCUCGAAUGCUUAUGCAGAUUCAAGUUUUAUCUCCCGAUUUUACGAAUUGAUCCAUCUAAAGUCGCGGCUCUUGUAGCUAAAUGUGGUGUUACAACAGUCCCUCGUGCUUGCCAAGUUUGAAGAAAUGAGCUGAGGAUAGGUCUCUCUAUGGUGUUUUAGACUUCGCUGGAUCUUGUCUUGCAUCUGAAUUUACAAUGUUUUGUUAUCGUUAAAGUGAAUUUACAAUGUUUUUUAGUGUUCUGUUUCAAAUAAAUCACAAACUUUUAAUGAUUUUAGAUUCACCUUAUGUGUGUAGAAGAACCGUGUGCUAUACGUUAAUGAAAAUUGUGAAGUACUAGUUUU